AUGGCUCAGCGCACACGCUCCAUCUCAAAACCUAAUCAACUUCCGGGCGCAAUCUACCGAACUUCGCAGCAGCGCGUGACUACGCUACAGGAGCAGAUGUGCCUGCAGAACGAUCUGAAGACCUUCCGCGAGUUCACCAGGCUGAUGAAGCAAAAGAUGGACACUCAUCUUAGAAUUGGGAUGGGCUACAAAUGGCAGGAUCCGGGCCUUCUGGAGGAGGUGAGAGAGGAGGUGCUCGUGCAAUGCCCUGCCUUGGAAGAGAGAUAUGACGAUGCGUGGCCCAUCACUUCCUACCUGCGACUAUCUUUGAAUCAGCGCAAACCGCUGGACUCGUACCAGAAGCAUACGACCGGGCGGAAGUCCAGAGGCAAGCGCUCACAAACGAACCAUAACCUCAGUGCCGUGUCACGUCGAUUGUUUCUAGACAGUCGCACUGGAAAGAACCUCACCAGCGUCGGAACCGCCAACCUGAGCGUCGAAUCGAGCUCGAGGCGGUCCUUACGCCGCUCUACCAGGCUAACAAAGAGGGAUGAAACCAUUGUCGCGUCUUCUGAGGUGUACAUGGCACCCGAAGACGACGAGGAUGAGGAAGCGGAGGAAGCGGAGGAUGGAAGGAGCUCGGCGAACAUCGCUGAUCCUGAAGUCGCUCCCAGGGCUGAUCAUCUCGGAGACGGGCUCGUUUCCGGCCCCCCAUCGCUAGCUUCGCGGAAAUUUACGCCCCAGCCUUCGGACAUCGAGAACAUGUUGCUUUCGCGCGGCUUACCCCUAACGGACUCUCGCCGCAUCACCCACCUCCUCUCGUCGCUGGGAAUCGUCGACAAGGCGUACCUGCGGGUCUUCGCGCGCCUUGCCCCGUCUCGUGAGGCGUGGCUGUCCGAAAUGCGCCAGAAGGGACAGCUGAGCGAAGUCCAGGCGUGGGUCAUCGUCGAUGUGCUGGACACUGUGAUGCAUUUCGAGACCGACACGGAUACUUUCUCCGAGCUCAUGAACAUCAUACGACAAACGGCGGCCCGCCAUAUUGACCUCACGCUCCCGUACAGAGUGCAGGACCCGGGGACUCUGGAGGAGAUCAGACGCGAAGUGAUGGAGCAGUGCCCGACGCUGGAUGCUAUGUAUACCGACGCCUGGCCCAUCGACUCGUAUCUGCAACUGGCUUUGAAGAAACACACCUCCACGGCAGUGUCACGUCAGACCAGCUCGACAAGUGCUCCUCCUGCACGGCCUUCCGGAAGAUGCCAAGACUCACGUUAUGUCGGAAGAAACCGCGCCAUAGCCACAUACGACUCAGAGUGCGAGCUAGCAUCUACUACAGGGAUGCGGUCAAGUAGCCCCGCGCACAGAGGCUCUAUCGAAGUGGAAGCCAGCUCGAGGCGCUUUGUGCGUCGCUCCGGCAGGCUGAAGAAGCUAAGGGAUGCAGAAGUAAUCGAAAUCAGCGACAUGUCAGUGCCUGGUGGGGAUCCUGAAGUAGAGGAUGAGCUUCAUGAGAACAUAGAAAGUUCUGGUAGCGAAAAAAGAGGAGAAACUGAGUACGAGGACGAGGAUGUCAGCUCGGACGAGGAUCUGGGCUUUGAAGAGAACGCCUCAGUGGAUGAUGGUGGGGAAAUAAGUUCGCUCUCCUCCGACAGCAAUGCAUCAGAGGACGCACAAGUCCCGGUGCAAAUCCCGGUACGCGAUGCUGAAGACGAUACAUGCACUCCUGCGGUCUUAGACUCGUCUCCUCCCCGCUCCUUUCCCCAAGCACCUGCCGUUCCAGCACUGCUUUCCUCGGGCUCUCUACCAGACGUGGGAGCUACGCAGUUGCCUGCUGAAGGAACGAGCAAUGUCCUCACGGAGACUGGACAACGGCAGUCCUCUUUCGCUUCCGAGUCUCCUUCCGAGACCGCAGUCAACACAGACCCGGGCCCGUCUAUCGCCGUUCAAGACUCGACAGUCCAAGACAUACUCCGUGCCCGCGGGUUCCCUUACUCGGAUGGACAGCGUAUCGCCCUCCUGUUUGCAUCUCUGGGGAUCACCGACGAGACAUAUCUACGGAUGUUCGCUCGUCUACCUGCCCGCUACCGCGAGGUGUGGCUGUCGGAGAUGCGCGAGAAGGGCCUAUUGACCGACAUACAAUCGUGGGUGAUCUCGGAUAUGUUGAAUGCCCUUGCAGCGGACUGA